CCAAAAUUACCAACACAUCCAAUUUAGAAGAAUAAUACAAUAUCUCAACUACAAAAACCACUAUGUCGGAGGAAAACCGCCACCACGGCCACCACCACAGCCUCUUCCAUCGCCACAAGGAGGACGAGGAAAAUGUCCCCUCUAAAACCUCCACUUACUCUGAAGACCUCUCUGAAGACAAACUCGAUGCUUACGGAAGUGCCUACGGCGGCUCAGAAAAUAAGGUCGCCGCCGAGUACGGUGGUGGCUAUGGGGAGUCUCACAAUAAGGUCGCUGAGUACGGUAGUCGGUACGGAGAGUUGGAAGAUAAGGCUGGCGAGUACGGCGGUGGUUAUGGUCUGUCUGAAAAUAAAGUCGCCACUGAGUACGGUGGUCAGUUGGAAGAUAAGGUAGAUGAAUACGGUGACGGGUAUCGUAAGUCUGAAAGUAAGGUCACUGCCGAGUACGGUGGUGGGUACGGUGAGUCGGGAGAUAAGGGCGGUGAAUACGGGGGAGGGUAUGGUGAGUCAGAACGUAAAGAAGACGAAUACGAUGGUGGGUAUAGUAAGGGUAGACGUAAAUCCGGGGAGUACGGUGGUGGAAUGGAAGAAGAGGGCGGGGAGUACGGCGGUGUAUACAAAAAAGAAUAUGAGGGAGGAAAUGAAGAUGAGAAUUCAGAUAAGGAAGAUUACAAAAAGGAAGGGAAACACCAUAAACACCUUGAGCACCUUGGCGAGCUUGGUGCCGCCGGCGCCGGUGCCUUUGCCUUGCAUGAGAAGCAUGAGGCAAAAGAGGAUUCAGAGCAUGGACACAGGCACAAGCUAGAGGAGGAGAUAGCGGCGGUGGCCGCGGUUGGAGCGGGUGGCUUUGCAUUUCAUGAGCACCGUGAAAAGGAAGAGGCAGAAGAGGAAGAUGAAAAGGCUAAUGGAAAGAAGCAUCACCAUAUAUUCUAAAUGAAACCCUCAAUAUAAUUUCCACAGUAAUCUUGUUGUCCAUUUCGAAAGUUAAUUACUAUGAAAUACAUGUGUGUUUUAAAACUUAAAUAAUUAAAUAAACUAAAUAAAAAUGGUUGCGUUUUUGUAAAAGUAUGGUUUCAAAAGAAGUGUCAUGUGUUUUUCUUUUUUCUAUAUGUAUAUUGUGUAAUGUGUGGUCUCUCUAAUAUAAUAGUGGUGUCUCUCUUUGGGCUUGUUUUGUGCUUAAUUUUCUUUUGCUAUGUUAUUUCUUUCUCUCUUGUGUAAAGAGUUUAGUGGAGAUGUAAUGUGUUUAGCUAUACGUGUCUUCAAUACUUGAUAUUCAACUUCUUCUUCUUAUUUUAA